AUGGUGUUUCUGUCACAGGAGAGAGAUAAGGCCGUGUUUUGCGAAAAGCCGCUGGCGGGCAGCCUGGCGGGCAUAGACGAACUGUACGAGCUAGCCAAGCGACGCGGUCUUCAUCUCUUCUGCGCCUUCCAGCGAAGAUUCGACCCUUCCUUCGUCGACGUAAAGAAGGCGGUGGGCGAGGGCAGAGUCGGUACAGUUCACGUCGUCAAAAGCUGCAGUCGGGACAACCCGCUCCCCCCAAUCGACUUUCUACGGACUUCGGGCGGCAUAUUCCACGACUGCGCCGUACACGACAUCGACAUCGUCUGCUGGAUGCUCGGAGAGUGGCCGGAGUCGGUCGUCGCCGUCGCCCACACGCACCUGGCGAGCAUCGCCGAGCUUGACGACAGCGACACCGUCGCCAUUACGAUGAAGUUCCCUAGCGGCGUGAUCGCCGUCAUAGACUUGUCCCGCCACGGCGUGUACGGCUACGACCAGCGAGUCGAGGUGUUCGGUACGGACGGCAUGAUGGUGGCCGACAACCAACGUCCGACGUCCUGUUCUAUAUCAGACCGCCAGGGGACGCUGAGCGCACCUUUCCAGUACACGUUCCUUCAGCGAUACGAGACUGCCUACAAAGUGGAGUUGGAGCAUUUCUUGAGAGUGCUGGCAGGGCAGGAAACGAUGACGGUGACGUCGGAGACGACCCGCAUGGUGUGUCGCGUCGCCACGGCCUGUGAGACGUCCAGCCGACAGCAGAGACUCGUCAAGCUGAGCGAGUUCAGCUCCUAGCUCACCCCGCCGCUGCUGCUGCAGGAGGAGCAGCAACAGUAGCAGCAGCAGCAGUAGCAGCA